AUGUCACGUAACUACCGACCUCCUGUGAAGGAUUUACGAAGUAAGAUCAGCGGUCGGAAGCGCAGGUCUGAGGAUGUGCUGAUGAUUCAAGAGCCAAAACGAAGAAGAACGGUACAUAGAAAAGGAAAAAAUAAUGCGACGCGGCCCAUUGAGUUCAAAGAACUAGAAAACAUCUGUAUAAAUAGUGCUCCAGAAAAAUGCAUUUUAGAAUUGGUUGGUAAGGCUGAAAGGUUCGAAGCCCUCUUAGCUUCAGAAGAAAUAACACCAGAUUUGUUGAAGCUCGUGAUUUCUGCAUGUCGUCUUCUUUGCUCAGCGAAUAACCUAAUGACCGAGAACGCAGAGAAGUUGCUACGCUCUCCUGCAGUGAAGAAGUUCAUGACAGGGACCGUUCUUUCAACUUUUGUCAACAAGAUGCCUUUUUCAGAAAUCUGUAAGGACGAAAGAGAACGUGUCACUGUGUUAAAUGAUCUAGCAGCAAUUUUUCUUGCGCUGCUUCAGAGGCUCGGUGAAAGCAUAGUGCACAGGUUGCCGCUUCCCCAGUUAAGUACCUCUGUGGAUGAGCUAAAAAAGAGGAAUCUCAUUGAAGACGCCAGCGAUCUUGACAAGAAAAUUCGACAAGUCAAUGAAUUGAAAGAUCAGGUGAUUCGGCGUGCAAAGUCGGCGUAUGAUCAGGAAUCGUGGAACGAGCCUCCGCAAAAUUUCAGAGAGCUUAGCGUCACUCCACAAUCGGAAGACCUUUGUUUCAGGCCUUUUCUUCGCGAAAACAUCACAGACAGAAAGUUUAGGGACCUGGAUCAUUAUCUUGACGUGCAGUUUCGCCUUCUGAGAGAGGACUUCGUGAUACCCCUUCGCGACGGCAUUGAACAGCUGACGAAGGGAAGCUACUUCUUGGAAACGAAUUCUGCAAGUAAAGUUGGGCGCACCAAUGACGUUUCUGAAUACCACGACGUCACAGUCCUGUAUCCCGUAUGCAGCAGGAAAGGCCUGGCCUACAGAAUCAUGUUUGACUUGUCGCAUCCAAAGGUAAGGCGAGUCAAUUGGGAAAGAUCCAAGCGGCUCAAGUUUGGUUCGCUGGUUUGCCUUUCCUCAGAUGAAUUUAACACACUUGUCUUCGCAACGGUGGAAAAUCGAGAUGCUAAAGGGCUCAAAGUCGGUGAAUUGGAAGUGCGGUUUGAAAACGUUGGCAUGGAAGAGAUAAACCAAUUCAUUCAGCAAGAAGAGAAGUUUGUCAUGAUAGAGUCACCUGCUUAUUUCGAAGCUUACAGACACGUAUUGGAGGCAUUGAAGGAGAUUAAACCUGACGAAUUCCCUUUCCAGAAGCAUAUUGUUGAAUGCUGUCAGGACGUUGGUCCUCCUGAAUAUCAAGUCAAGAAAGAAAACAGCAGUGCGUUCACGUUUAACUUUGCUGAUAUCCUAGUUGCGAGAACGCCAGCAAAUCCAGAAAAUCCUGUUUCAUAUCAACAUCAGGAGCCCCCUUCUCCUCCUGUGAUUGUGCUGGACUCAAGUUCACGAGAAGGUCAGACAGAAAGCGGCAAUAAUGAGGAUCCUUCAACUGGCAUGGACGUUCCAAUGGACCAGGAGAUACCUUCAGCUGAAGUCAAACAAGAGUUCAACGUCUAUAAUUGGCCCGACAACGAAAGCCUGGGCUUUAAUGAAUCGCAGAUGCGCGCGUUCAAAAUGGCGCUGACCAAAAAGUUUGCUGUUAUUCAAGGGCCGCCAGGGACUGGGAAGACAUAUGUGGGUUUGAAGAUUGCACGUGUACUUUUACAGACAGCCUCGCUCUGGGAGGACGAGGAAGAACGGUCACCAAUCUUGAUGGUGUCUUACACGAAUCACGCCUUGGAUCAGUUCCUGGAGGGGCUUCUGCCAGUGACAAAAGGUGAGAAAAAAAUACUAGGCUACACGAUUGGCUUAAAAAACUCGCGCCAUUUUUUCAUCCAAUCAGAAGUAAAAGCAAAUUAAAACCAAUCGUGACUCGCUCGCGCACGUUUCCCGCGCUUCGCAUCAGUGGAUUGCCUGCGUCCUUUUUGAUAGGCCACAAUGACUACUUUGGUUUCGGUUUAACGAUACUUGAUUGAAAGCCGCUCUAUCGAUCGAUAAACAACACGUACGCAGUCUGAUUGAUAACGGCAAGUUUACCAAUAGUCGGCACUAGUCACUGGUUGUGUUGAAACUGAACGGAUCAACAUAGGCUGUUGUGCUCGACUCUAAUAUUUUCCAGAUGAAAAUUUGGUAAUUAUAGUUGGACGAUUGGAAUGUCAGUGGAAAGACUAUUUUUGCUUGUUCUAAGGGAAGAUUUCCAAAGCAAAGGAAUCUUCUCGAAAAUUUCCAUGUUGUCAUUUAACGGGCACUAUCAUGAGCCAAAAGCCAAACGACAUUUUUACAUCAAACGAAAGGCCUAAAAAUAAGUGCCAUAAGUGUCUUGUUUUGUUACGAAUAAUUAUUCUAGCGCACUGAAGCUGCCAGAGUGGUGUUAUCAUGAGUUACAAAUUGAAAAGGCACCAAGUCAGAAUUGUGGCACCGUUUUGUCCAAAGGUCUAGCAAAAUUCCCGUGAUAGUGCCCGUUUAACAACAAACAAACUAAGCGUAAAUCAAGAUAAAAAAUGUAAAUGUUUUUGUAAUAUGCGCGGAUAAAAUGUCAAAAAACCAGACCUUUCGAGGCUGCUACCUCUUUAUCAGUGAUCUGAACAGCUGAAAUUAAGAUGUGGGCGCGUCAUAACAAAACAAACAAUGAAACGUCACUUGCGCGUGCUGACUUUACACUGAAAGAGAAAAAAAGUACUGCAUUUACAUACUUUAGUACAGUUUCAUUACUGACUUACAAUAUUUACAACUUACGUAACUAAGUAACUGCGAACAAACACAUUAAAAUGAUAUUUAAAACUGAAUUGUACUAACAUAUACAAUAUGUACAGCACAUGACGUACUAAAGAUAACUUGUUUACUUCUACACAAUAUUGCUUUCUUAUACAGCAGAAAUGCAUUCAGAUCACUGAUAAAGAGACAGCAGUCUCGAAUCGUCUGGUUUUUUGACAUUUUAUCUACGUAUAUUACAAGGACAUUUACAUUUUUUAUGCGACUUUUGGAAAUCAAGAUAGUUCAGGAAGAAAGAAGUGGCACUGACGAUUUAGUUUCUCACAAUGCAAUCGUGCAGUUUCUUAAUAAGAUACGAGUGACAGGGUUUUCCCUGACAUUUACAUUUUUUAUGCGACUUUUGGAAAUCAAGAUAGUUCAGGAAGAAAGAAGUGGCACUGACGAUUUAGUUUCUCACAAUGCAAUCGUGCAGUUUCUUAAUAAGAUACGAGUGACAGGGUUUUCCCUCUUCGUUUUAGAUAUUGUUCGUGUUGGUAGCCGCAGCAGAAAUAACAAACUCGACGUCGUGUCGUUGAAAUAUCUUCAGAAAACAAUCCGUCGAAACAGAGAGGUUCCAGACCAUAUUUUCAGAGCCAGGAUACAAGCUGAGUGAGACACUGGAAAGCAAAGGGAAUUUUUUGAAAGGUCUACCAUGUUGCUAAGAACCCUGAGAACAAGCAUAGUGUCCAUGAAAAUCCUUGGUCACCAAGAUUACAUGCUACGGGCACAUCACACACAGCUCUCGGAGAACACUAGCACUAAGCUAAGAUCAAUUGAUGACACACUUCUUCAUUGGCUUGAAAUCGAAAGGAAUCAGCAUAAAGAAGAAGAGCAUUUAGAUGAUUUGGAGGAAUUUUCAGCACCUGGAUAUGUCUUUGAUGACAUCCCUUCGGACGACAAAGACCUCGACGGUCCUACAAUUCAAGUAGAAGCUCUCUCAGUCGAAGAUGCUGAGGAUCCUCAGUAUGUGAGAAAAAACCUCACAAAUGAAGAAGUCAUGACGGAAGAAGAGGAGAUGUAUGUUGAUGAUAUUUACCGUUUGAAAAUAGAGGAUCGUUGGAGACUUUACAAACUGUGGCUGCAAAGGGUGAAAGUCUACCAUCUGAAGCUUUUCCAAGCUAGACAGGUGGAGUAUGAACAAGCAUUUCAACGAGAACAGGAGGUAAGCAGAAUGGAGGAGUUCGAUAUCCUUCGCAGGGCACGUGUCAUUGGCAUGACAACCACGUGCGCCGCCAGAUACCGCCACAUUCUCCAGAAAAUCUGCCCCAAGAUAGUCUUAGUUGAAGAAGCUGCUGAAGUACUGGAGGCUCAUAUUAUUACCUCAUUGACGAAGGGAUGCGAGCACUUGAUUUUGAUUGGUGAUCAUCAGCAACUGAGACCCUCCCCAGCCGUCUAUGAAUUAGCCAAGAAGUACAAACUGGACGUGUCGCUGUUCGAAAGAAUGGUGAAUGUUGGAGUUCAGUGUGAGAGGCUGUCCGUUCAGCAUCGCAUGAGACCUGAGAUCGCUGCCUUGAUGAAACACAUCUACGACGAUCUGGAAAACCACGAGUCAGUGAAGAAAUACGAAGACAUCAAAGGAAUGAAGAAGAACAUGUUCUUCAUCAGCCAUAACAAUUUAGAGAUGUCCUGCGAUCAGACGCACAGUCAUGUCAAUGAGCACGAGGCUAGGUAUCUAGUGGCGCUGUGUCAUUAUUUACUACAGCAAGGUUACAGAGCCCAUCAAAUAACACUUCUGACAACCUACAUGGGACAGAUGUUUGCCAUUAAAGACUGCCUCGGAGAGGAAGACGAUGAAACGUUGAGAAGUGUCAGACUGACGACAGUUGACAACUUUCAAGGUGAAGAAAACGACAUCAUUCUUCUUUCGCUGGUACGCAGCAACAAAAGCGAGAAAGCUGGCUUUAUCAAGAGUGUGAACCGCGCAUGUGUGGCGCUCUCUCGGGCCAAGAAGGGUUUCUAUUGCAUUGGAAACUUUGCUUUUCUCUCUAAACACAGUGACAUCUGGAACAAAAUUGUAGCCGAUUUGAAAGAGAGUGGUAGCAUCGGAGACGUCUUGCCCCUUGUUUGUCAAAUCCACCAUGAUGAACUCACAGCUGAAAGAGCUGAAGAUUUCAAAGUGAAAGCUCCGGAUGGGGGAUGCCAGCGGCCAUGUCAAGUACGUCUGAGAUGCGGUCAUACUUGCAGACAGUUAUGUCAUCCACGCGACACCGAGCAUUUGGAGUAUUGCUGUGUGCAGCCAUGCAGCAAGAAAAUUAAGGGCUGUGAUCACGCCUGUCCAAAUCUUUGCUGGGAAGAGUGUGAGCGACAUUGCCGAGAACCGGUCAUGAAAAAGCUACCAGUCUGUGGCCAUUAUGCACAGGUGAGGUGUGAUACGAUUCCGUGGAUGGUGAAAUGCAAAGUAAGAUGCGAGAAAUCUCUCUCCUGUGGCCAUCAGUGUCAAAGCUACUGUGGAGUGCCAUGCACCGAAAAAUGCCAAGAGCUUGUUAAGAGAACUGACUGGCCGUGCGGACAUGGAGCCACAACCGCUUGCUCGGCCACUCAAGCAGAUUGCGGUGUCCCUUGUGAAGACAAGCUGGAAUGUGGUCACAAGUGCUCUGGUACUUGUGGAGAGUGUCGCAUGGGUAGAGUUCACAAACGCUGCAAGCUGAGGUGCGGUCGUCCUCUGAUUUGCUCUCAUGUCUGUACAGAAUUCUGCAGAAUGCCGUGUCCUCCAUGCAGCAAGAAGUGUGAAAACCAUUGCGUGCAUAACAGUUGCGACAAAAGGUGUGAAGAUCUGUGCGUUCCUUGCAGUGAAAAGUGUGCCUGGGAGUGUAUCCAUUACAAGUGCAGCAAAAAAUGUGGUGAGCUGUGUGACAGACCGAUCUGUGACGAGCCUUGCGACAAAACUCUGUCAUGCCACCACAAUUGCCGUGGUUUGAUGUGCGAACAGGAGUGCAUUUGUACCGAGUGCAUGAAAAAUGACGACCACGACCCAAUUACAACUAUCUUUUUUGGUACAGAGCAAGAUGAAGGCGCCCGGUUUGUCCAGCUUCCAGACUGCAAGCAUAUCUUUGAAAAGAAAGGCCUGGACAGGUAUGAAUAACUUCAAUCUAAGAAGCGAGUGAACAUUAUAACAUAGCUAGCAGAGCCGAAAAAGCUAGAGUUGCCCUCGGCUAUCGCCUCGGGCAACUCUUACGCUGCUUUCGUGCUCUCCAAACUUCCCACGUGCUCCAUAACUCGAUAGUGCACGCUAAAGCAUGAACCAAUUGUUAAUUCGUAAAGACAAUCGAUCUUUCACACUUUUACACAUCCACAGUUUUAAUCGAAUGUUUUCAGUUAGUCGUAGCAAUAACAAAGCUGUGCAACUCCUUGUUAUCAGACAAGAGCAGCAACUCCGUUUAUGGAAGAGUGGGACAAGAGAGGGACCGCGAGAGUUUAUGUUGACGUUUUGGUGGAGCAAAAAAGUUGAAACCUUUUAAAUGCGGAUGACUUAGAAUAUAUAAACGCUUUUCGUAUCUAUUGUUAUAAAAAUUCAUGCACCAUGGAGACGUCCUUAGCCAAACCGAUUGCAAGGCUGGCAUUACUUCAAAACGGCAGAUUAAUAUAUUUUUUGGUCGCUAUCGUAUUCAAGAGUUUUCUCCGUAUAGUCCGGUCAGUUCCCUCGCUGCUGAAAAACCAGCAUUUCCAAAUUCCUAUUCGAUCUGGAAAGACGGCCCGCACGAAAACCAGCUUAUAUAGGGCUGAUGUGGCUUUCUCUAUUAAUCUUUUAAUUUAUUUAACAUUGCAAUUACAAGGAGAAAAAUAUAUAAAUAAUCCAAUACUUUUCCGGUAUUCGUUUUUCCCUACUGUCUCUGUUGGACGUCACGCAAUCUUUUUCUCAAAGAGAUUAAAUAAGAAAGAUUGCGUGACGAGACAAGGAAAUGUCCAAAAAAUGCUAAUUCCUACCGGACUCCUACCUAAAGUAGCCACAGUUAAUGAAGUUAAAACGCAGUCACACGCCUCUUAAUUAAUUUGUAUGACUUGCGCUUCUUCUUUAGUUACAUGGGGAUUUCAAAUGACGACACCGAUGUCUCGGAUGAAAGUCCCCCCGGUGACAGUCACGCGGAUAUUAUGGAUGACAGUCAACUGAUCCGACUGAAAUCCUGCCCUCGUUGUAAGACUCCUAUCCGCAAGAGCCUGCGAUACGGUAACGUCAUUAAACAGCAGCUAAAAGACAUCGAGAAAGUCAAAGAAAAAUUGUUGGGAAAAAAGAGUGAGCUGGAAGGGAAGAAAGAACGCCUCUCUGACCGUCACUUUAAAAUGCGUUCGAUGCUUGAAGAACCAGACUGGCAGAAACUGAAAAGAAGUAUUUUGAAACUGAAUUCGGAAUGGACGGCUACUAUCCUUGAAAACAAGUUGACGCUACUGGAACGUUUCUGUGACACAAGGAAGAAAAUGAAAAGCAUUCUGGGUAAAGUGUCUCGGGAGGUUUUGUCAGAGAAUAACUUGCAAGGUAAGUUUGAAUUCUAUUUGUCGAAGGUUGAACCGCUUGGCUAUGAACGUACUUUUCGCGGGGGAAUUUGGGCCACUUCCGCCGGAUAAGCACUCCGAUCGGGGAUUUCUGCCACCCCUGUUGACAGACUCUCCGGUCAGGGAUUCAGGCUACGGCCCUAUGACCUAGGCGAAUUUGUCAGUCUCAAAUCGUAAUAAUAAUCAAAUUGAACGAAAAAGACUCAUUUGUGAGCAUUUUGACCAAAGGAGGACAGGUGAAGAGAGGGUGGGUGUACAGUUCUUUUCAAGAGAGCAGUGGGUGACCAAGAACUUUGGACUUUUAUCUCUGACCAACAAUUUUGAGACCAAUAUUCAGUUUAAAGGCACCUCUAACAAUUUCAGACUGCUAUUGAACAGUUUUUGUGGUCUCCCCGAUCAUGAGUACCUUUCAGCUGUCAGAAACGUGACCUCAUUCGUGUAGAAAAUCACAACAAGGUGUUACCGGGAAACGUGAACCGGGUCUGGUUUUCUUCCUUGCUGCUCUCUUUUAUUAAACUUAACUCUAAAUUGCUAUUAGGGCGAACUCGAAACCUGGCGGUUCCUUUAGCCUCUAGGCUCCCAUUUCUUUGUUAUUUUCUUUAAUCAAUUGUUAUGUAUAUAAUGCAAGUCUCCUAUAAUGAAUCUGUGCGAGUCAGUAAAGAUUAUUGUUAUUGUUGAUUUGCUUAAUAUAUACUUUUAACGACAGGCCAGCAAUUUGGAGAUGAACUGUGCUACCUUAAGAUGCGCUUUACGUCUGACGAAGUAACGCAUAGAGAACUACGAGACAUCAACACAGAAUUCUCUAGGCUCAAUCUCCUACUCGAGCUGUGUUUGCUGAUUCACGAAAUCAAGAGCCUGGCUCUAGAACUUGAAGAUUCUCCCCGCCAGAUGAUGACUGCACUACGGGAGAAACUGUCCAGCUGUAAGCGCAUAGAAGACGAAAAGUUGGAUGAAAUGAUGAACAAUCUGAAGGCUAUCAGGUAAGGAUUAUGUCUUCAAUUGCACAACAGCAUAAUUCGUAAAACGUAAGAACAAAUUAGCGGAUUGCGCGCUUUUUUUAAAUUUACGGUAUACUCUUCCUUGACUUCUACACCACACUGAUUACCUAGACGGGAGUAGAUACUAAUACUAAUAAACAACUAACUUAAAACUAAGCACAAGCAAAUUACGGCUGGUUUUCACUUGUGCUUAUGCUCUAGUGAAAACCAGCCUUUACUAAUAAUUUGCUUCACCAUUUACCAACUAAUAACUAACACCAUUACUAAAUUACAUCCAUACAGAAAAGAAUUAAAAUGCACAUUACAUUAUACAAUAUACCAAGCAGUUCAAUUAAAUAGCGAUAAGCAGUAGUAGUAGAUAAGCGCGGUCUGUAAAUUACCACCUAACGGCACGAUAUCUUCUCGUCCGUACGACACUCUCACGUACUGAGUUUAAAUAAGCUCAUAUUAUUUUGCGAUUCUAAUUCUUCGGUUUUAGGGAAUUUCCUGGUCUAUUUCUCCCUUUCUUUCACAUCUCCUUAGAUCCUUGUAGCUGUAGAUUAAGCAAACCAUAACGGCAGCGGCGACGGGAACGUCGCUAAGCUGAAGUUUAAAGAGCGGAACAAUGGAUCAGUCCUGGUGCAUCCGUUUUUGCCGUUCUCUGAAAACAGCAACGUGAGAAGACCAAAAUCUGCAUAGAGUGGAAAACGUGAACCGCCACGGCCAUUUUCUUAAAAUUGCUUUUUCGAUUUUAACGCUGUCUUCUGAGAUAGCUCUGACAGUGAUAAAUGACUGGAUGAAUCUAGAUUAUUGCGAGAUUCUUAGUUUAAGUAUAAAUUCGAAUUCACUUUUUAACUAACGUUGUCCUUGGCGUCGCCGUCGUGGUUGCUUGAGCUCCUAUUCUUAAAGCAAGACGACGAUGGUGGAAGAGGAGGGGGUAAAUUUGGUCCAUCGUUUUCCUUGGAGACUAGUAUGCAAGCAAACUUUCUUGCGUGUAGGUGAUGAAGUGCUCUCUCACCCAUACGAGAACGAGAGCUUGCUUGUAGGCUACUGGGAGAUUAAAACUGAAAGGAACUACUGAUGGAUGCUGAUGGUUUGUUUUCAAUCUGGAUCACAUAUACAUGUUUUCCAUUUUAGACAAUCGCACCCCACAUUGGCUCCUUUGACUGAAGAGGAGAAGAAAGUGAUCGUGUCCGCGAUCGGACUGUCUAAAGGUCAUUGGUUUAAGUGCCCCAUGGGACAUAUCUACGCCAUAGGUGAAUGCGGCGGUGCCAUGGAGAGAAGCACUUGUCCUGAAUGCGGAGCUGUGAUUGGUGGAGCAAAUCACAGACUGGAAGAUGGAAAUGAGCUGGCCCCUGAGAUGGACGGCGCAAACCAUGCAGCCUGGUCUGAACAGGCAAACUUACAAAAUUAUGAAAAUUUACGCCAUAUUGUAUAAGUUGCUCUGUGUUAGAGUUAUCUUCUAGAAAACUGAUUUAAACAUUUUCUCCUUAGUUGAGUAGCAAAAAAAAAAUCAUGCUGCUUUUUGCAAAAGGAAAAUGGCACGUGCUGUAAGUUGAAUGGUAUUUUUCUGGUGACCGCCUUAAAAAGAAUAAUUAUUUCUUAUUAUUGCUACAAUUGAACAAAUUCCAUAAUGGUUUUAACCGUUACUACUUCAACUUAUUGAUGAUCAAGAACAUUUUUAUCUUAUCACACAUAUAGGACUAAUAAGGAUAUUAUUACAUUUCUGUUUUCUUAAAAAUGCAAUAUUUAAUAGAACUAGAGUCCAGCUAGGUCAGCUAGACAGCAGAAAAAUAACUACAUAAUAAUAGCUACUAGUUGUGACUACAACUGCACGUAAAUAUUCGACUUAAGAUUGAAUUUCCAGGCAUUUAGUUUCAAAAAAGUGAGUUUGUUCCACAGAGCAAAACAAUAACCAGGUUCCUGUUUUGUAACACGUUUAAUUGCUCCGAAUCACCAUUAUGUUCACGAGGUACAACCGUACAAAUCCUAUCAAAUCAAAAUCAAAUCAAUUUUAUUUUUCUCGGGAACGUGAGGAGUGGUUGCCCAAUCUCCUGAGCCAGAGGCUCAUGUAUUAAAC